AUGGAGGAGAAGCCCCAACUCAAAAUCCCAAGGGUGAAACUGGGUAAUCAAGGACUGGAGGUUUCACACCUGGGCUUUGGAUGCGGGGGACUUUCAGGAAUUUACAAUGCCCCUCUUUCCCAUGAGGCUGGAUGUUCCAUUAUAUUAGAAGCAUUUAAUAAGGGUAUCACCCUCUUUGACACUGCUGACGUUUAUGGAGAUAAUUAUGACAACGAGAUCAUGAUUGGAAAGGCUUUGAAGCAGCUUCCUCGCCAAAAGGUUCAAUUAGCAACGAAAUUUGGUAUUACAAUAUUAGAGGAUGGUCAAUGGGGGGUUAAGGGUACUCCUGAAUAUGUACGGAAAUGUUGUGAAGCUAGUCUUAAGCGGCUAGAUGUGGACUAUAUUGAUCUAUACUAUCAGCAUCGUGUUGACACUACAGUGCCAAUAGAGGAAACUGUGAGGGAGCUCAAGAAACUGGUGGAGGAGGGAAAGAUCAAAUAUGUUGGGUUAUCUGAAGCAAGUAUAGACACAAUAAGGAGAGCCCAUGCUAUUCAUCCCAUCACCGCAGUACAAAUGGAAUAUUCUCUGUGGACUCGUGAGAUAGAAGACGAUAUAAUUCCAUUCUGCAGAGAGCUUGGUAUCGGAAUAGUAGCAUAUAGCCCUCUUGGUCAAGGGUUCUUCGGUGGAAAAGCUGUUGUAGAGGAUUUGCCAAAAGAAAGUAUAUUGUCUCUCAAUCAGAGGUUCACCAAGGAGAAUGUGGAGAAGAACAAAGCUAUAUAUAUCCGUCUAGGUAUUGUGGCUGCAAAACAUCAUUGUACCAUCCCUCAACUGGCUCUAGCAUGGCUUUUACAUAAAGGAGGGGAUGUGAUCCCAAUCCCUGGUACAACUAAGAUUAAGAACCUUGAUAGUAACAUUGGAUGCUUGGCUAUAAAGCUUACACCAGAGGAUUUGAAAGAAAUUUCCGAUUCAGUACCUAUCGAUGAAGUCAGUGGUGAAAGAGCUGUGGGUAUGUGGGCUAAAUACACUUGGAAGGUGGUAAAUACACCAGAAAAUUAAUGGGAAAUCAUGAGAGCAAAUACAUUUGUGUCCACUCAAUUGAACAACAUGUCCAUUCUCAUACCUUCUGUUCCAACAUUAAUAAGUGAUUACAAAUUACAUGUAUUUGCUGGCAAUCUCUGUUCGAAUUUUCUUUUUUUAUGCAUGUGGCAUUUCAGGUUGCCACAAAAACAAUGUACUUGAUUUUAUAUGUAUGCGUAUGUAGAAUGUUCUUUUUAUUCAUCACCCCACCCCCAACUUCCUCCUGUUUUACAAGCAGAACAGUGUCCCUGAUGUUUUAAACUAACAGUUCAUCGUAUGCAAG